AUGGCUGAGAAUGACACUGCCAGCGCCAACAAGGCUUAUUUCAAUAAGCUGGCAGCCGAGUACGACGCAAAGUACGAAAAGACCAUCCUGCAGCUCGAAAAGGAGAUUCGCAAGCGCAAGGACUUUAUCGGCGCAGACUGGGUAGUUGAUGACGAUGAUGAUGACAGCGAGAGCGAGAGCGCAAUACAACCGACGGCGGCGAAUGGUCGGUCUGUGAGACUUCUUGAUUACGCUUGUGGAACUGGCUUGAUAUCGAGGGCCCUCGCGCAGUUCACGACGCAUUGCGUCGGCAUAGACAUUUCGGAAAACAUGGUGGCGGCCUACAACGCCCGGGCCGAGAACCAGGGCCUCACCACCGACGAAAUGCACGCCUACCAAGGCAACCUCACGGACCCGGCCGAUCCGUCUCCCGCGGCUUUCGCUUCCGACGACGGCCGCUUCCGCGACUUUGACGUUGCCGGCGUCGGUCUCGGGUUCCACCACUUCGAGGACCCGGAGCUCUCGGCCCGCCGGCUGGUCGAGCGGCUGCGUCCGGGCGGCGUGUUCAUCAUUCUCGAUUUCCUGCCGCACGAGAAGAUGGACCACGCGUUGCCUGCUGCGCAUACUGUUAUGCAUCACGGGUUUUCGGAGGAGAGGAUGAGAGCCAUCUUUGAGCAGGCUGGGGCGGGAGAGGGGUUUAGGAUGGAGGAGCUUGGGAGUGGUGUUGUUUUUGGGGGACAUGGGCAUGGGCAUGGACACGAUCAUGGGCACGGGCACGAGGGGCAUGGUCAUGGAGAGGAAAAGGGACAUGACCAUGGGCAUGGCUCGGGGCAGGGGAUGAAGAGGCGCGUGUUUCUGGCGCGGGGAACCAAGGCCUAG